UGUUCAUCCCAUAUGCCAAUCGUUGAAUUGGGAUUCCUUCAGUCGGCGCAGUGGGUCGCAGUCGUCAGUCGUGGAUCAUGUGGGGCGGGGUGAUUCCGGCCGCAGCCUGAGACAUGGUGGGAGUCAUGGAGCUCUAUGCCAUGCUCAGAGCGGGCAGCAUGGACUUUGUAGGGCAGAAGCAGGCCUUCAACAUGCAGUUCUACUUUAUUUGGGCCUCAGGAGUGAUUGGAUUUCUCCAUGGCUUCUUCGCGCAAAGGUUUCUGUACACCUUCGCGUGGGUUUUUGGCACCUCGGCUUUUGUGGCGCUGACGUGCCUCCCCCCGUGGCCCAUGUGGAAUAGGCAUCCUGUGGCGUGGUUGGAGCCAAAAGACAGGGAUGAAGACGACGAGCCGAAAGCAAAGAAGGAGACAAGCAGCGCCAAAAAGGCUGCAAAAAAGAAAAACAAGUAGGGCCGCCGAGCCUAGUCGGAAAGUGGCUGGCAGUCCGAAAAGACGCGCGACGCGCGACUGCACUGCCG